AUCCCCUCUCCUGUCUGAAAACCAGCACGCCACGUCCCACCGCCAACCACCGCGCUCCGGCUCUCCCCAAUUCUAAGCGAGACGGGGCACAGGAAGAGGAGAGCCUAAAACCCUAACCCCCCGAAUCGGAUCCGGCCGCCGGAGCGCGGAACCCCACCCCGGCCGCCAUGGAGAUGGGAGGGAUGAGCGACGCUGAGCGGCUGUUCUUCUUCGAGAUGGCCUGCAAGAACUCCGAGGUCGCGUACGAGCAGAACCCCAACGACGCCGACAACCUGACGCGGUGGGGCGGCGCGCUGCUGGAGCUGUCGCAGGUCCGAACCGGCCCCGACAGCCUCAAGCUUCUUGAAGAUGCGGAAGCCAAACUGGAGGAGGCACUUCAAAUUGAUCCCAACAAGUCCGAUGCACUCUGGUGCUUGGGAAAUGCUCAGACCUCUCAUGGAUUCUUCACUCCAGACAAUGCAAUAGCUAAUGAGUUCUUUACAAAGGCAACCGGAUGUUUCCAGAAGGCUGUUGAUGUGGAACCUGCAAAUGAGCUGUACAGGAAGUCUCUAGACUUGUCAAUGAAGGCACCUGAACUGCAUUUGGAGAUCCAGAGGCAAAUGGUUUCUCAAGCGGCAACACAAGCAUCCUCAGCCUCAAAUCCAAGGCAAUCAAGGAAGAAGAAGGACAAUGACUUCUGGUACGAUGUUUGUGGAUGGGUGAUCCUUGGCGCCGGCAUUGUUGCUUGGGUUGGAUUGGCAAGAGCAAGCAUGCCUCCCCCGACGCCACCAGCCAGGUGAGAACUGAUCGAGUGCCAAGAACGCUUUGCAAAUGAUGGCAUGCCUAUAUUAAGGUGUCCCAGAACCUUCUAGGUGCUAGUGUUGUAUGGAGAGGAGAGAGGUGUUUCCAUACGGUUUGCUCAAAUUUUCAUGCUUGUUCUUUUCGAGCCUCAUGUGCUGCUGGAUAGUUUUGUACUUUGCUUACCUUGAUACCGUUUUGAGGCAAAAAACAUACAGUGUUGCGA